UAUCACACCAGAGGAGCGAAACUCGAAGAAGAAACUGUGAGAAGAGCGUGAGGGAGACUAGUUUAAAAAUGACGGAAACCAAGAGAGCUGGUAUGGAGACCAAGGGAAAAGCCAUGACCUUCCAGUCUCAAAAGGAGAUGUUUGAGAAGAUGGAGGAGUCUUUUAAAAUCUGUGCCUGUUGUGAGAAGAAGCCAAAUCAACUUUCAAACCCACCGAGCAUGAAGCGCUGUGCCAGAUGUCUAUUUGUUUACUACUGCUGUAAAGACUGUCAAAAGAAUGACUGGCCCAAACACAAGAAAUUCUGCUCACAGCUGUGUCUGGCUUCCAUUGACCGAGUUGUGGAAUGGCUUUUAUUCAAAGGAGACCUACCGUUCCCUACAGAGAAAUGGUCAAAGCCCCAGUCAGAGAUUAAAGGCUGGGACGACUGGCUUGCGAUGCAGGGGGAUCUCACACCUCGCCUCGAUCCCAUCUUAAAAGGAGCAAACAUGAAAGACUUGUGGACCAACGCCGGCAGGCCUCCGCCUGUCGAUGAGGUCCUGAAGGAUUCUCUGUGGAGGGUCUGCAGUGAGCUGUUCUCCAGGCCGCUGACCAUCGCCUGGGGCAUGAGGCUGUUCGGUCUUAACCCCAUUUCCAAACCUCUCACCAUUCACCUGGUGGGAGCGGGCCAAAGCGAGACCAUGGGAGCCAGACUGACGGACUACGACGAGCUGAACAACAUGUUCCCCGGACACCAGGGCAUAGAGAUAGUCAUGGUGGGACCAGAGGUGGUGGACGGGCCCAUCGUGAGGCCUCCUCUCAGGGCGUUCGGCCCCAGGCAGAGGGUCUUCAUCAGCGCCUACAAGGGCCUCUACCACCAGUUCUGGGAGGAGCUGGUGGAGAAAGAGGAAGCAGCCAAGCCAGACCUGGUGGUUGGAUUUCAUCCUGGAUUUGAUGCCAGUCAGGCGCUGGAACAAGGUUGGCUUCCGACUCUUCUGCUCCUCAGGGAUUAUGAGAUUCCUUCACUUUUCACUGCUCUCAAUGAGACGGAGAUGACCUACUCCCUGCAGAUCCUGCUGGAGUUGGAGAUGCAUUUGAAGGGAAGUGGAGCUUGCCCCUUCGCGUCGCUGAAACCAGAAGUGGUGGGCUCGUCUCCCAACAAACCUCCCGUCUUCUGCAACUCCCACUACUUCUGUUUCCAGGGUCUGCUGGAGACCGCCGAGUUCGAGGAGCCAUAGGAGGCCUGUAGGUGCUCACCCACUGUCGUCAAAGCUGGACCCCUGAUGUCUUUCGGACUGUGAAGCAUUGUUUCUAUAUGCCAUUUCCCCCCCUUGUAAUAAGGUUUAACAAUAGUGUGUAAAUACAUUAUUGUUCGUAGUUAAUUUCCAUUUCAUAGUUCUCAGUGUUUGCCAUGAAAUUUGCAUUCACUAUCUCAGAUUCCUCGCAUCCGUAUUAUGAAAUUUGAAUAUACUGUCCCUUGCUGAUUUAAAUAUACUGGCCCAGAACUAUUGUUAACUGUGAGGGAAUUAAACAUUGUGGCAACUGUCAAAUGUCUACUUAUAUUAAGUUACAAUAAAAAAAUGUAAAUGAUUAAAUAUAGGGGAGACUGCAUUGUCUAACACAG